CGGUAUGAAGUCAAGGUGGUAUGUACCUAACCUACCUCCCACCUACCUAGGUACGUGUAAGCCAGGCUGGCAGACGUGGGUGUUAUGUAAGAGAGAAGUUGCAGAGUUUCUUCCUCCACCAGCCUCAUUCGCGGCAACCUCGUCUUCCUAACCCAAGCCUACCACGCUCUCCCUCACCACCUUCUACGUAGAUUCGAGUCGAGGUCGGGUCCCGCGUACUGCCUCCCGGUAUUGGCCUACCACGUAGCGCACCAUGUUCGACGUCCCGGACGCCAAACGGGUCCGGCGCGGGGAUUUGUGCGACUCCGCCUCCGAGGACGAGCCGGUGUCGGAUGAGCAGUGGGACUUCUCCCUGCGUAGGAAAUUAAACGCCCAGCUAUCCGGCUUGCUGGACAUCAGCUUCGCGCCAGAUACAGCUAUCGAAUCGCAGCAGCCCCCGACAGGUGCGGCCGAAGACGCUGGCGACGCCGGGAAAGAAGCCUUCGUGUUCCGGUUAUUCAAGGGCGAAGGCGCAUCGCACACGGUAGUGCUCGAACCCCAGAAUGCCGCCGCAGGAGACCGGGGCAAUGGCGCAUUUGUCGUCGCCAGACGGCCGGCUUCGUAUUAUUUCGCGGGGGACCCCUCGCCCGGCGCGGUAAAGAGAUUCCGGGCGGCGGCUGUGAGUGCGGAAUACCUCCUCCAGGAUGCUUUAAAGAGGCGUUGGGGGCUCGAAAAGCCGUGGAGAGUAACGGCCAUCUCUAUCGUCUCCAAGAGAAUGAGAGCUGUCCCGGAUAAUUCUGUCGCCGGUGCUACGACUACUGCCGGAACACACAAGAGGAAGAGGCCGGGUAAAAAACGCAGGAUAAUUCUCAGGAAUCGCGAGAAAGCCAAAAAGGAGCACGAAGAGACGACAAAACAACGUGCUGCCGAGAAGGAGGAGUGCCUAAAGGAGAAGAAGAAGAGGCUGAAUAGACAGAGGAAGCUAAAGCGGAGAGCCAAGGAGCACGAGAAGAAACAGGGCGCAAAAGACGAGGUAGUUUCCGGACAGGGUAGUGAUGGUGGUAGCCCGGAAAUCUAGAGAUUCUUCACCUCUCGGAGCUGAUGGUUGUUGUCUUAGGUGUAUUUAAGGUACCUAACCUAUAUGAAGUACCUACCAAGGCAGGUAGGUAUGGACCAGGAGCCAGGUAUCCAGGUACUUGGGGCGGGCUCGCGCGGAGCAUGCGUUAGGUUAGGUACCUACCUACCUACUACUCAUAGUAGUAUGUACAUAAGAGAGGUAGGUGCCGAUUGACGCCACACCACACCACGUCAUUCUGGGGAUUGGGUACCUCGGGUACAGGUACUUAGGGU